GUUUAAUAUUCUCUCGCUUUCUCUAGCCCACAGGUGUCUCCGAGUCCGUAGACAAGAUGGAAUCGACUCCAUUUAAUAGACGGCAGUGGACUUCCCUGUCACUGAGAGUAACAGCCAAAGAACUUUCUCUCGUCAACAAGAACAAGUCAUCCACAAUUGUGGAAAUAUUCUCCAAGUACCAGAAAGCAGCUGAAGAAGCAAACAUGGAAAGGAAGAAAAACAACGCUGAAAGUCUCCCCCAGCACUUUAGAAGAGGGAACCUGUCUGUGUUAAAGAAGAAGUGGGAGAACCCCGUGGCGGGAGCGGAAUCCCACACAGACUCACUGCCAAACAGCAGCAGCGACGGUGGGCACACGGCGGACCACCCUCCUGCUGAAGUGACAGCCAAGGCUGCUCCUGGAGCCAGAGCUGACCGGGAAGAGCACACCCAGACCAGAUCUAGAUUUGGAUCUCGUCCGGAAGCUGUUACUCAGUGUCGGUAUCCCCGCUCAGAGGACAGCCACGAUUUUAAAGCCCAGGCCACGGAAAGCCAAAAUAUGGAAAACUGUCUGGGAGAUUCCAGGCAUGAAGCAGAGAAACCCGAAAUGAGCGAAAACACGGAAACUUCAGGCAAAAUAGAGAAAUACAACGUUCCACUGAACAGACUAAAGAUGAUGUUUGAGAAAGGUGAACACAGCCAAAACAAGAGUCCCUGGACCCAGGGCCGAAAUGCAGGCGGAAGGAGGCUCUCUGAAAACAGCUGUUCCCUGGACGACUUGGAAAUAGGUGCAGGUCAUUUGUCUUCCUCUGCCUUCAACUCGGAGAAAAAUGAGAGUAAGAGGAAUCUGGAGCUGCCACGCCUCUCUGAGACCUCCAUAAAGGACCGCAUGGCCAAGUACCAGGCUGCCGUGUCCAAGCAGAGCAGCCCAGCCAGCUACGCAAGUGAGCUGAAACCCAGUGAAAGCAAAACUCACAAAUGGGAGCAGAAGGAGAACAUGCCCCCCAGCCCCGAGGCCUGCAGCAUCCAUCAGGAAGGGAGCAAGGUUUCUGCAACUGAGAAUAGCCUGGUGGCCCACCCUGUCCCUGCAGAAGAUGACACCUGUAACUCCCAGGGGAAGAGUGAGGUCCAGCAGCCCAUGCACACUAAGCCGCUGAGUCCUGACGCCAGGACCUCCAGUCUUCCGGAAAGUUCUCCUUCCAAAACAGCGAAGAAGUUUCAGGCACCCGCAAGAGAGAGCUGCGUGGAGUGUCAGAAGACGGUGUAUCCCAUGGAACGGCUCCUGGCCAACCAGCAGGUGUUUCACAUCAGCUGUUUCCGAUGCUCCUACUGCAACAACAAACUCAGUCUAGGGACGUAUGCAUCCUUACACGGAAGAAUCUACUGUAAGCCUCACUUCAACCAACUCUUCAAGUCCAAAGGCAACUAUGACGAAGGCUUUGGGCACAAGCAGCAUAAGGAUCUGUGGGCAAGCAAAGGUGAAAAUGAAGAGACUUUGGGGAGACCAGCCCAGCCUCCCAGUGCAGGGGAGACCCCCCAUAGCCCGGGUGUAGAAGAUGCCCCCAUCGCCAAGGUCGGCGUGCUGGCCGCGAGUAUGGAAGCCAAGGCCUCCUCUCAGAAGGAGAGGGAAGAGAAUAAGCCAGCGGAGACCAAGAAGCUGAGGAUCGCCUGGCCUCCCCCAGCCGAGCAGGGCAGUUCAGGAAGUGCCCCGGAGGAAGGGUUCAAAGUGUCAAAGCCCAAGUGGCCUCCCGAGGAUGAAGUUUGCAAGACGGAGGCUCCGGAGGAUGUAGAUCUGGACCUGAAGAAGCUGAGGCGCUCUUCGUCCCUGAAGGAGAGGAGCCGCCCGUUUACUGUCGCGGCUUCCUUUCGAACCUCCUCGGUCAAGAGCCCCAAGCCCUUGUCGCCGUCCCUCAGGAAGGGUUGGAGCGAGCCGGAGCCCCAGCAGAGUGAGGAGUUCGGAGGAGGGACAGUGACACAAACGGAAAGCGCCAGGCCCUCUGGGGAGAAGGAGAGUGUGGGAAAAUCACGCUGGCUGAGCGAGGAAGCGGAGGAAGCGCCGAGGGGCAGGGACAGUCGUUCUUUUGAGCUGGAGAGUGAGAGUUUUAUAGGAAAUGGCGCAAGCAUAGCUGAAGACGACAUCGCCCUGGCACAGCGGUCUCCGUUAGAACCCGAGUCUCCCGGUUGGCCUGGCUUUGGAGACACCACGACUGCUAAAGAAUUCACUACGCAGAAUCAAAAAUCCCAAGAUGUCGGGUUCUGGGAGGGGGAAGUGGUCCGAGAGCUGUCCGUGGAGGAGCAGAUAAAGAGAAACCGGUACUAUGACGAGGAUGAGGAUGAGGAAUGACCGGCCUCCAGCCUUAGAUUCCUGUUAGCAACUCACUGCCCUUUAUCAAGUGGUGCGCACAGACAGGCAGCUCGGCGCCACGGGUCUUUUACGUGGGAGCAACUUUGGAAAUGAAUUCCUGCUUGCAAAACAGAACAAAACCAACCCAAAACAACACCCCAAAACCAAUUCUAAGUGCAUUGUGGAAACACCAUCUUAAACCUGGUGUGGUGGCACACACCUUUAAAUCCCAGCACUCUGGUGGUACAGGUAGGGGAGUCUCUCUGAGUUGGAGGCCAGCCUGGUCUAUAAAGUUCCCGGACAGCCAGGGCUACCCAGAGAAACCUUGCCUCAAAAAGCAAAACCAAACAAAAACAAAGAACCCCUACAUUUUAGCAGGGAAGGGCUAAGCAGGGAUUUCUCUCACUGAUGCAGCCCAUGGUCUGCCGCAUUCCCCCAGAAUCAAUAGUAAAGUGACUAGAUAUUAGGCACAUUUUCACACUACAGAGACCGUUGUGGAAUUAGAGACAUUCAGAACACAUUCAGGAGCCCAGCUCUUAACCAGAAGCACUUUAGCAUAAAGGGCACAGUGUAGCAAUUUUACCAAUUUCAUUUUUUUUUAAUUUUUUUUUAGUACUCAACUGCUGAAAUCAAAUAUUUAGUCUUUCGAGCUUUUUAAAUGCAUUUUCUUCCUCUGGUAGAUAUGGGAAACUUACUUUCAUCCUACUCUCUGCGCUUUUAAUUACUGAGGCACAAAACAGCAACCUUUGGCCAAGUGAGGUGCUGGUUUCAAAAGCCUCAGCGCCUGAGUUCAAUCCCCAGAGCCUACGCCCAGGUGAGCGAGAAGCCUGCACACGGUCACCCUCUGACAAACGUCCCCUGUGGCUCAUCGGUAAUAAUAAACAAGUUGUUAAAACAGAGCCAACAUUACAAACACCUCUGAGAGAGAGCCAGACACGGAACCCAGGUAAUCAGUGCCGUAUGCCACUGUGUGCCUGCACUCUGGGUGUCUGCUGUCUGUCCUGGCCUCUCACACCCUACCGAAAGCCACAGUGUUUGUAUAAGACACUGUGGAUCACCGUCCACCACACUCCAAGCGAAAGAGAAACGAAGAUCUGACCUCCGAAGCCUCAGGGUUGAGGCAGAUCUCGUCAGUCCUUACGGCUCUGGAAUGUAUCGAUUUUCACGGUAUGAUAUUUCCAGGGUCGAGGUAAAUCAAUUUUAGGCCUCUCUUCUCAGGCGGUGUCCUACUUUGAUUCAUUGUUGUGAUAAAACGCUGGGCAGAAGCAACUUAGCAGAGGAAGGUUUGUUUCCACCCACAGGCCACAGUGAAGGGAAACCAGGCCAGAACCUGGGGGCAAGAACCGACGCCGACUGUUCAGGAACAAUGCUCACUGGCUUCACCUCUCUGGCUUACUCAGCUGGCAUUCUUACACCACCCAGGGCCACCUGGCCAGGGUGACCCUGCUCACAACACAGACAGACAAGAGGCAGCGCCUCAGUUCAGAGUCCCACGUCCAGGCGAGCCUGUCAGGCCGGCAGACACUGUGGAGCACAGGUGGACUUCUCUGGUAUUAAGGCUUUAGAACAGUAUACGCGAGUGCAUUUCUUGUAUGUAACUAAUAAUCCCAAAUUAUGUGUAGGAAGGGGGCGGGGUGUUUUAAGAUAGAGGAC